GUAAUGUGGCGUGUGGAAGGGAGGAGCUGAGAAAAGACAACAGAAGAGAGGGAUGCUUAGGAAGGAAGAUUGACUCCAGGGUACCAACAAGAAAGCAUGGCCUUCCUCAGGACUCUUUGUGUGGUGACCAUAAUGGUGACAUUCCUGUCAAACGGCUCUCAUUCACAGCUGAGUGUGUGCGGAACCCCUCCUCUUAACACUAGGAUCGUGGGGGGUCAGGAUGCUCCUGCAGGGAGUUGGCCAUGGCAGGCCAGUCUUCACAGUUCAGGCAGCCAUUUUUGUGGGGGAUCCCUCAUCAACAAAGAGUGGGUGCUGACUGCUGCUCACUGCUUUUCCAGUAUCAGUACAUCAAAUUUGUUGGUCUAUAUGGGUCGUCUGAGCCAGCAGGGCUCCAACCCCAACGAAGUGACACGGACAGUCACUCAGAUCAUCCUCCACCCCAACUACACCAGAAGUACCAGUGACAACGACAUGUGUCUGCUGAAGCUCUCCUCCGCUGUGACUUUUACAAACUUCAUUCGGCCAGUCUGCCUAGCUGCACCAGGCAGCUCCUUCCAUGCUGGGGCUACUAGCUGGGUCACCGGCUGGGGCAGCAUCAGCAGAGGAGUGUCCCUGCCCUCACCACAGACCCUACAGGAGGUGGAUGUGCCAGUAGUGGGGAACAGGCAGUGUAACUGUAACUAUGGAGUUGGUUCCAUCACCGACAACAUGAUCUGUGCUGGUCUAUCAGCAGGAGGAAAGGAUUCCUGUCAGGGGGACUCGGGAGGUCCAAUGGUGAGCAAACAGGGUAUUCGCUGGAUCCAGUCUGGGGUUGUGAGUUUCGGCAACGGGUGUGCCCAGGCAAAUUUCCCAGGAGUGUACGCAAGAGUGUCUCAGUACCAGACCUGGAUCAACACCCAUAUCACCAGUGACCAGCCAGGAUACGUCACCUUCUCCUCCAGUGGGACUGAUUCUGACCUCAGUGUCUCCUGUAAUGGUCUUCCAGCCCCAGCCACCACCACAACUGCCCCUACGACCACCACUACCACCAAAGCUGUCCCUGGGGCCACAACUACAACCAAAACUACCCUUGUGACCAAAGCUGCCUCUACGACCACCACAACUGCUCCAUCCAUUACCACCACAGUUUCCCCUACCACCACAACUAUGACCUCAACUGCCCAUACGACCACCACUAGCACCAUAACCACAACUACUCCUAAAACCACCACUGCAAUUGCCCCUAAAACCACUCCUGAACCCGUGGUGUGUGGCAGUGCCUCUUUGAACUCCCUUCCUGGUGGGGGCUUGGCCUCGGGGGGAUCCUGGCCCUGGAUAGCCAGUCUACAGACAAACGGAACACACGUCUGCGGGGGAACAAUGGUGGCAGAGGACUAUGUCAUGAGCGAUGCUGGGUGCUUCUCCAGUCAGUCCGACGCCUCUCAGUGGACCGUGAUCAUGGGUCGUCUGAAGCAGAACGGCUCCAACCCCAAUGAGGUAACCCUUAAAGUCAUCAACAUCACCAUGAGCAACUUGACGGCGAACAACGUGGCCAUCCUCCGACUGGCCAGCCAACCCAAGUUAUCUAACUACAUCCAGCCUAUCUGUGUGGACCAGGGAAGCAGCACCUUCAGCAUAGGGACUCAGUGCUGGGUGGCUGGCUGGGGCAAGGACCAGGGUGGAGCCGAACAGAACUUGCAGCAGUCCCAGACCUCUGUGGUAGAUUGUGAGAGCUUUGGCUCCUCUGAUAACAUCUGCACGGCUGCCUUGGACCUUCGACAGGGUGAAGGAGGUGGUCCUCUGAUGUGUAAGCAGGGUGAUGCAUGGUACCAAGCUGCUGUUUUGACUGUCGACAGCAGCAACAAGACCAGCUCAAGCAAAACACGAUGGAGCCGGAGUCCUCGCUCCUCCAGCAUCCAGGUCUUCACCAAAACCGCUCGCUUCCAGAGCUUCAUUCAGACCACUGUGGGCCCACUCCCUUUACCUGUCACAGCCAGAACCCCAGUGAAUGACACCAACACUGCCAAAGGCACAACUGUCAGCGCAACUACCGCUGUCGUUAAUCCUGCCAGUGGGGCAACUCUGGCCCACUCAUCCCUGGUCCUACUCUUCUUGUCUCUCCUUUCUCUCCUACUGUCUCUCGGUCAAGCCUGAUGACGCUGAGGAGUCACCUUUAUGUAAACCUCUGGCAAUAGGGUCUAAAUGUGCUCUGUUUGAAGUAUGUACCCCUGCACUUAAUAUCUUGCUGCUCUAUAAUAUUUUGGUGAGUUUAAUCUUGGUUAACCCAGAACUAAAAUCUUGCAUAAUUUGGUCAGCUGUGUGAUUUAGUUCUGGGUCAAUGUGUUUCAAAUUGAGAGUUUGGGUCUGCGAAGUCUCCACCUUUUUGCAAAAGGAAACUCUCAGCCAAAGCACUGACAUUUUAAGCACUGCCUUCGUCCAAAAUCCCGACACGUCCAAAUGAUCAGUGAGAAAAAGCUAAACAUUGUAGCUACUGCUGCUCGUUACCCUAUGCAUCCCAUUCCGUCUCAACAGAUGAGUUGGUUUAUGUGCAGGACUUGUCUACAAAACAGUGCCUGGUCUAACGCUGUCCGCCACACAGUCUACUAAAAACAGAAGGUUUAUCUCAUCUAAUUGUUUAUUCAUUCUGACUGGAUUGAAAUAUGAAAGUGUCAUAUUGUAAUCAGUUUGAGCUCACAAGUAUUCUCUCUUUGUAGUCUAUUAUCAAAUCUAUGCAGGUCAGUAUUUCAUGUUAUGAGACAGAUCAGGAAAUGAUUUAUUUAAAUUUAAUGACUUGAUCUACUGUUGCAUCUGGAAAUUAAAAUGAUGAAUGAAUUG